AUGGACAACUAUUAUGACAGUGAAGGUCCCCACACCCCAGAGACAGAUGAUUCCGCAGAGGUGAGGACCCUCCAUCUCUAAUGAGAAAUACACUCACAGACACACCAGAUCUAUCUUCAAAUAGUAUCUAGCUUAAGUUAGGCUUGACUGAGCUUGCCUGCUUGUUUACGUAGGGGAAGAUGAAAGCCAUGAAGCCGCCAAGUGAAGAAGACUUUCAAACCAUCAAGCUGAUCAGCAACGGAGCAUAUGGGUGAGUAGAGUCUGGUCAAAGCAAUUUGAAUGACUAUGUAUUUCAUGUACAUCACCAAGUCCUCACAUUCAUUCAAAGAUUUGACAAGACAUGAGGCUGCAGAUAGAUUUCUCUGACCAUCUAAUUUUUCCCCAACCAUACCCUUGGCUUCUUGCACCUCUACCCUUUACCCAUCUCCCUCCUCCCCCUCUCUUCCCUCCUCCCUCCUCCUCCUCUCCCCCCUCUCCGCAGACCACCCGCUCCUGUCCCAGCAGCCCAGCAGAGGCACGAGGCCGCCGCCCAAGAAGAAAAAGAAAGGAUUCGCGAGAACUCGCCCCGAAAACCCAAAAGAAAAAGAAAAACGAAACAGCUAUUACGAGGAAAAGAAAGCCUAAAGAACUCUGCCGUCCCUCCUCCCCUCGGCCACUCCAGAAUCUCAGCCACCCUCCCCCUCCGCUCCCUCCUCCUCCCCUUGACCUAUCGUCCCUCCUCCCCUCCUCUCUAAUAUCUCCUCCCCCCCUCCCUAUCUCUCCAUUCACCUCCCCCUAUCUCCCCUCAGUGCGGUGUACCUGGUACGUCACAGGGAGACCCGUCAGCGUUUUGCCAUGAAGAAGAUCAACAAGCAGAACCUGAUCCUGAGGAACCAGAUCCAGCAGGCCUUUGUAGAGAGAGACAUCCUGACCUUCGCUGAAAACCCCUUUGUGGUCUCCAUGUUCUGCUCCUUCGAAACCCGCAGGCACCUCUGCAUGGUCAUGGAGUAUGUUGAAGGUAAGUGGGUUUCUGAGUAAACUGUACUACUUUAAUGGAAUUACAAUAAAGGCUUCAUAGGGUGUCCCAAGAAACCUCACAUAUCUUACACCUUGCUCCUUCAAAGUUCUCUCCGUUCUGAUCUUGUUCACUUCCUUUGAGGGGGAGAGAGUUUCUCAGGGAACCCGGUUGGAUUUCAUUCUCAUUCUGGAAAGUGGUACUCUCCCUUCUGCCCUUGUUCGUUUGCUUUUCAUGGUAUCUGAUAGGACUAGCUAGGUGAAAGCAAUAUGGUGGAAACCAGAGGGGAUGGGUGGCUCAUAAUAAUGGAUGGAAUGGUGUGAAUGGAAUGGUAUCAAACACAUGGAAAACCAUGUCAUUCCAAACAUUACUAUGUCCUUCUCAUUUAAAGUGCCACCAGCCACCACUGGUGGAAACUUAAAAACAUCUAUCCUAUCCACAUAGGGGAUUGACCGAGGGCCAGGGUCACUUCCCACAGCAGCCCUAGCCAAUCCAUCUUUCUCAAUGUGUGUUAGGUGCUGGAGGGCAGCUCAACCUACUCAACCAAACUAUAUAGCAGAAAGCAGAUUGCUUUUCUCCUGGUUGUUAGUGUUCAGAGUCAGUCUACAGACACAGCCAGGCAUGAAAAGUAGUGUGUGACUCUGCCAAACAUAGGUUUACCAGGCCAGAUGAGGAGGGGAGAAACAACACAAGACAAACAACCACAGAUAGGGCCGACCGACACUGAGAAAUCCUUGAACACAUUCAGACUGACUCUCAGGCUGUGCCCCAUUCUCUUCCCAAAGGGUACAGAAGUGUGCACUUGCACAUUGCCCGUCAUGUAUUGAAAAGCAUUGUUGUGGUAGGUCAAUGGAGUUCCCACCAUUGUUUGAAUCCAUGAGAGAAAGUGUGUACAAGUGCAUUCUUUAGGAGCAGGAUAGAGAAUCAAGUCAUAACCCAUGUCUAACCAACCAUGUUGUGUUCCUAUGGGGGAGACUGUCUAACCAACCACGUUGUGUUCCUAUGGGGGAGACUGUCUAACCAACCACGUUGUGUUCCUAUGGGGGAGACUGUGUCUAACCAACCAUGUUGUGUUCCAUAGGGGGAGACUGUGUCUAACCAACCACGUUGUGUUCCUAUAGAGGGAGACUGUCUAACCAACCAUGUUGUGUUCCUAUAGGGGGAGACUGUGUCUAACCAACCAUGUUGUGUUCCUAUAGGGGGAGCCUGUGUCUAACCAACCAUGUUGUGUUCCUAUAGGGGGAGACUGUGCCACUCUGCUGAAGAACAUCGGGGCGCUGCCCGUGGAACUGACCAGGAUGUACUUCGCUGAGACCGUACUGGCACUGGAGUACCUACACAACUAUGGCAUCGUGCACCGAGACCUCAAGCCUGACAAGUGAGUGGGCCACACUGCCACCCUGCCACUCCCCUGGUGGAUGGGAGGUCUAGUUGCUUUCACACUACACAAUAUUCACCAUAAAUGUAAUUUCUUAGGAAAAUUUGGGACAUCCUCUAACAAUAUUAAGCCAAAAUGUGUGUACUGUGAAAGGUUCUAGGAAUACUGUCUACAGGCUCCUGUUGGUCGUACAGACAUGCUCGAUAUGCAUCCAACCCACCCUGAUCGGGUUGAAGUCUAAAGCUUUCUGUUCCUGGUGUUUGCUGUGCAGUUGAUGUCUGACAGCCCAUGUGUUGUUCCUGUUUUCAUCAGUCUUCUGAUCACCUCUAUGGGCCACAUCAAACUGACAGACUUUGGCCUGUCUAAGAUGGGUCUGAUGAGCCUCACCACCAAUCUGUACGAGGGACACAUCGAGAAGGACGCACGCGAGUUCCUGGACAAACAGGUAGAUCGAUUGAUCGAUCAGUCAGUCAAUCAGUCAAUCAGUCAGUCAGUUAGUCAGUCAGUCAGUCAGUCAGUCAUGAUCAGUCAGUCAAUCAAUCAGUCAGUCAUUCAGUCAGUCAGUUAGUUAGUUAGUCAGUCAGUCAGUCAGUCAGUCAUGAUCAGUCAGUCAGUCAGCCAAUCAAACAAACAAACAGUCAAUCAUAUUGAUUUAUAAAGCCAUUUUUAUAUCAACAGUUUAUGAGAGGUAGUAUACAGCCAACCUCUCAAUGAAGAGCCAAUCACAUACAGUAUGUUAGAAACUCUGCAGUUACGUGAGAGAGUUGAAUUCAGGAUCACUUGACUUGCCUCAUGCAUCAACAGAUUGAGAAUCUCAAAAUAACCUUGCAAAAACUCAUCAUUAGCCAAACAAGACAAAUACACACAGUCACUAAUAAUGUUUACCAUACAGACUGAAUCAUCAUAAUUUCUCGAAAUAAAUUAUAUUCUGGUCCCUAUUUAUUUUGCAAUUACAGUUUAUGUUUAUGCAAGUUUUGAAUUGAACUCCCCAUAUUAAUUAAUGAUGGUGUUAGGCCAGCAGCAAUACAGUUUCUUCUCUUGUCUUUGUCUGUCCAAAGCAGCAGUAGGGCAUCUAGCCUGGUUAAACCAGACUGAAUGCUGGGUUUCACUGUUGUUUCACAUAGAGUUAGAAAGAGGACUCUAGAUGGUUGUAACCUGCUUUAGCAUGGACAUUGCCAUCGAGGGCUUCCAACAAUGGGAUAGCCUCAGUGAUGCUACCCAUGCUCUCACAGACGCCAUAAUGGCACAGAUACUUUCACUUGAAAUCAGUUGGGAUGCCAGGCUAGAGGGCAUCUGUUGGGUUCUAAUGAACUGCUACUACAGAGGGAGGCCUACUGGAUCUCCGAUCUAAAAACACUGACCCCUAGUGGCCUGAACAUUGACCUUGACCUCAGAUACUUUUUAUGAACAAGUCCUCUAAAGUCUGCUAAAUGAACAUAUUCUUUCUACAUCACAGCAGGCUGCUGAGGGGAGGACGGCUCAUAAUAAUGACUGGAAUGGAGCGAAUGGAAUGGCAUCAAACACGUUGAAACCAUGUGUUUGAUGUAUUUGAUACCAUUCCACCUAUUCCGCUCCAGCCAUUACCACGAGCCCGUGCUCCCCAAUUAAGGUGCCACUUACCUCCUGUGUUCUACAGCUUAUCAGCGUGCACCCAAGAUGUUGCCUUUGUCGAUGAUGCUUAUUGUGCAUUACGGUUGAACCAAAAGAUUACACAUAACAAAGAUUAAAUGAAAUGGAAACAAUUAAAUAUGUAUAUUCAAUUAAAUAAUAAUGUAUGUUGAUGCUAUUAAUAUGUACAAUAUCUAAUGAUGUUGCAAUAUGAUAACAGUAGCCUAAUAUAUUAAACUCGCUGUAAACUAUUGUCUUUAAAAAAUAUAUUUUUUUAUUCAUUCUUAUCGACCCUAAUGACUAUGACACACCCCUCACUAUUGUCAUUGGUUGCACUAAUUGUAGUGUUUGUUUACAUAACCUGGUUCAAGCAUUCAUGACGUUACCCUGAAGAAGGCAGAGUGAUGCCGAAACAUUGGUGGUUUACCCAAUAAAUUACUGGGAGCUUGUAUAAAGAGCGUGCAAAUCUCUUUAUUACAUUUCUUUAGCCUACAGUUUACUCUCCGUUAGUCAGCAGCUCUACCAGCCUUUUGGGUGUGUGCCAGUUUAUGCUUUUUAAUGGGUUCUAAUGAACACACAUCAUCUGCACAUGAAAUAGAUGAAGACCCUUUCAUGUUUUGGUCUGUGCAGACUCUUGAUUAGAGAGCGUUGGUUAUUCACUCAGCAGUAAUGAACUAGGCCCCUGCUGCCUCAACCAUGUACAGCAACAGUACCAAUUAGAAUUAGAAUUCUGAUUAUCAGCAUUAUACAAUCUGGGUCCAUGAUUAGUGAUUACUGUACAGUACUUCUGUCAGAGACAGAUGGAAGAAUAUUCAAGCUUUUGGGCUUGCAGAUAGCCACACAGGCCAGACCUGGGUUCAAAUAGUAUUUGUUGUUGUCUUUUAUUUUUUAUUGAGCCUGCCUGGAGUGCCAGAUGGGAAAGGUUUGCACUUUUGGGACUACUCCAUUGCAAGGAGCGUGACCGAGACUUCUGAUUGGUGGAUCUCUCUCCCUGUCCCAGGUGUGUGGCACCCCAGAGUACAUAGCCCCGGAGGUGAUCCUGAGACAGGGCUACGGGAAGCCGGUGGACUGGUGGGCCAUGGGCAUCAUCCUCUAUGAGUUCCUGGUGGGAUGUGUGCCAUUCUUUGGAGACACGCCUGAGGAGCUCUUUGGACAGGUCAUCACAGGUGAGUCUGCCAUCAAUCAGUCAAUCAAUCAAAAGCUGUUUGGACAGGUCAUUACAGGUGACAUGAGGGCUGGCCUUUCCUCUGUGUCUGCAAAUGUUUUCUUUUUGAAUUCCCCCCAGUGCUUCUUGUUCUGGACUGUAUGUCAGGGGUUUUCAAACCUCUCCUCGGGGACCCCCAGACAAUUCACAAGUUGAAUCAGGUGUGCUAGCUGUGGAAUAGAUCAAAUGCAUGGAACGGCUGGGGGUCCCUGAGGAGAGGUUUAAAAACCACUGCUGUAAGUGACUGAUGACUGCAAGGCCUCCGUCUGUGUACUAACUUGGGCCUGACUUAAUGUUGGUCCGUUCCAGAUCCUUGCUGUUCAUUCUCUCUGUAACUGGCUCUGUAGUCCCAUCUAUCUGUUGUUUCUCUCAGAUGACAUAGUGUGGCCUGAUGGAGAUGAGGUCCUGCCUGCUGAUGCCCAGGGACUGAUAUCAACCCUGCUACAGACCAACCCACUGAUGAGGCUGGGUACAGGUACUAGAACAGGGGUUCUCAAACUUGUUCUGCACACGACAAAAGGCCCUUAGUUGACACUAAAUGGUUAGGUUGUAUUCUAUACCCAUUUUAAGAUUUUCUCAGGGGACCAAAUUUCAACUUCAGGGGACCCCACACGGUUUUUGGAACCAAUGUGCUAGAAUUUAAGAAUGUUCCUCCUGUUUGUGCUGUAGUCUACUGUCAUAAUCUUACCAAAAACAACCUUGUUUGUCAAGCCAAUGAUGCUGCAUUUUUUAACACAGAUUCAGAAACAGCAAGCAACUCUCCCUAGGUCUCAGAUAUGAGUCAGAAAGUAUUCCUGCUUACUGUGUGUAAUGAAUCAUGCCAUAAUUAUUCACAUUUUAACCUUUGUUUCUGUAUUACUCCAACUACCAUGGCCCAGGGCCAUAUGCUCUUCCAAGGCCUACAUUCUCAGAGCUGAUCUUGUUGUUAUAAUUCCUCCGUGUCCCCAGGAGGAGCGUUUGAGGUGAAGCAGCACUCGUUCUUCUCUGACCUGGACUGGAACAGUCUACUGAGACAGAAGGCAGAGUUCAUACCUCAUCUGGAGUCAGAAGAGGACACCAGCUACUUCGACAGUGAGUGCCAUUACCUGUGUAUUUAAUGCCAAUAAAGCCUACUGGCUGUAUUUACACAGGCAGCCUAAUUCUGAUAUUUUGCCCAAUUGGCCAAAAAACAUAUUAUUGGAAAAAGAUCAGAAUUGGGCUACAUGUGUAAAGCCAGUGAGUCUCUGAUCUUUGAUAGGAGUUAUCUCAUGGUAAAACCCAGCCAAGCCAGAGAGUGGUUCUCCCAAAGUGUUGAUGAAAGCUAAGAUGUUACAUCUCUCUCUCUCUCUCUUUCUCUCCAUCUCUCUUUCUCUCCGUCUCUCUAUUUCUCUCUCUCUUUCUGUCUUUCUCUCUCUCUUUCUCGCCAUCCCUCUUUCCAUCGCUCUCUCUCUCUCUCUCUCUCUCUCUCUCUCUCUCUCUCCUCUCUCUCUCUCUCUCUCUCUCUCUCUCUCUCUCUCUCUCUCUCUCUCUCUCUCUCUUCUCCUCUCCUCCCUCAGCCCGUUCAGAUCGUUAUCACCACAUCAAUGCGUACGAUGAGGACGACACCAACGAUGAUGACGAGCCUGUUGAGAUCAGACAGUUCUCCUCCUGCUCACCUCGCUUCAGCAAGGUACACACACACACACACGGUUGGGGAGUAACUGAUUACAUUCCAAAACACUGUAACAGGUUACAGAUACUUUUGACAAACUAUUACUUCUUGGAUUACUUUUAAAUUCAGAAAGGAUGUUUGCGGGAGAAAACAAAUCCAUUAUGACAUUCAAUUCAGCAUUGAAAAAAGGCAGAAGUUUAAGUUUGUUCCACCUGAGCGAGUCUUAGUCAGAGACCACUAUGAUGUCAGAUACCACUAUGAUGUCAGAUACCACUAUGAUGUCAGAUACCACUAUGAUGUCAGAGCCCACUAUGAUGUCAGAGACCACUAUGAUGACAGAGACCACUAUGAUGCCAGAGACCACUAUGAUGUCAGAGACCACUAUGAUGUCAGAUACCACUAUGAUGACACACCAAAUGUGUUUGAUGGAUCCUUUUUGUCUUGUUCUAAUGGCUCUUAAGGGGAAAGUGACUGAAAGAUUACGUUACUGAGUUUGGGCAAUCCAAAAGUUACAUUACUGAUUACAAUUUGGACAGGUAAAACAUUUUUUAAAAUAUUGUCUCAUACCCCAGAUAGGUGCAGUGAAAUGUGUUGUUUUACAGGGUCAGUCAUAGUAGUACGGCGCCCCUGGAGCAAAUUAGGGUUAAGUGCCUUGCUCAAGGGCACAUCAACCGAUUUUUCACCUUGUCGGCUCGGGUGUUCGAACCAGUGAUCUUUCGGUUACCGGCCAAACGCUCUAACCGUUAGCCGACCUCCCACUCUAGAUAACUAGUAACUGUAGCGGAUUACAUUUUAAAAGUAACCUACCCAACCCUGCACACACACUCCUCCGGCUGCCUUCAUUUCAGCAAGAUCAUUUUCUCUCUUCAUCUCCCCUUCAUUCUUCAUUUUUUACUUGAAGGUGUCUUCUAGCAAUCCCAACUCGUUUUUCAUCCUGGCUCUGGCUCGACACCCUAUCCCUCAUUCUUCUCUACAUGCUCUCUCUCUCUCCCUCACUUGUUUUCCUCUAUCUCUUUGACCCUCCUCUCUUUGGCCCUCCUCUCUUUGGCCCUCCUCUCUUUGGCCCUCCUCUCUUUGGCCCUCCUCUCUUUGGCCCUCCUCUCUUUGGCCCUCCUCUCUUUGUCCCUCCUCUCUUUGGCCCUCCUCUCUUUGUCCCUCCUCUCUUUGGUCCUGCUCUCUUUGGCCCUCCUCUAUUUGGCCCUCCUCUCUUUGGCCCUCCUCUCUUUGCCCCUCCUCUCUUUGUCCCUCCUCUCUUUGGUCCUGCUCUCUUUGGCCCUCCUCUCUUUGGCCCUCCUCUCUUUGUCCCUCCUCUCUUUGGCCCUCCUCUCUUUGUCCCUCCUCUCUUUGGUCCUGCUCUCUUUGGCCCUCCUCUCUUUGGCCCUCCUCUCUUUGGCCCUCCUCUCUUUGGUCCUGCUCUCUUUGGCCCUCCUCUCUUUGGCCCUCCUCUCUUUGUCCCUCCUCUCUUUGGCCCUCCUCUCUUUGGUCCUGCUCUCUUUGUCCCUCCUCUCUUUGUCCCUCCUCUCUUUGGCCCUCCUCUCUUUGGUCCUGCUCUCUUUGGUCCUCCUCUCUUUGUCCCUCCUCUCUUUGGUCCUCCUCUCUUUGUCCCUCCUCUCUUUGGUCCUGCUCUCUUUGGCCCUCCUCUCUUUGGCCCUCCUCUCUUUGGUCCUGCUCUCUUUGGCCCUCCUCUCUUUGGCCCUCCUCUCUUUGUCCCUCCUCUCUUUGUCCCUGCUCUCUUUGGCCCUCCUCUCUUUGGCCCUCCUCUCUUUGGUCCUGCUCUCUUUGUCCCUCCUCUCUUUGUCCCUCCUCUCUUUGUCCCUCCUCUCUUUGUCCCUCCUCUCUUUGGUCCUGCUCUCUUUGUCCCUCCUCUCUUUGGCCCUCCUCUCUUUGGUCCUGCUCUCUUUGGUCCUCCUCUCUUUGUCCCUCCUCUCUUUGGUCCUCCUCUCUUUGUCCCUCCUCUCUUUGGUCCACCUCUCUUUGUCCCUCCUCUCUUUGGUCCUGCUCUCUUUGUCCCUCCUCUCUUUGGCUCUCCUCUCUUUGGUCCUGUUCUCUUUGGUCCUCCUCUCUUUGUCCCUCCUCUCUUUGGUCCUCCUCUCUUUGUCCCUCCUCUCUUUGGUCCACCUCUCUUUGUCCCUCCUCUCUUUGAUCCUCCUCUCUUUGUCCACCUCAUAGUUUGAAUCCCUAUUAUCCUGUCAUUCUGUCUUUACACCACCUUUCCUUCUCUAUUUUCUCUCUCUGCUGCCCUCCUUUUGUCCUCUACCUGUCCCUUCCUCCUCCUCUCUGUUCUCCUGUAAGGGUGGUGACUAGUGAAGGGUCUCUUGUGGGAAUGAGGAGGGGUGUGUGUGUGUGUGUGAAGGGUCUCUUGUAUAAAUGGAGAGGGCUAAGGGCUCUAUUGCAGUAGCAGUACACUGAUGGAGAGACCUGAUUAGGGUCUAGAACACUGCCUGCUGGUCACAAAGCACACACACAAGGACACAUGAACACACACACACACACACACACACACUCAAGAAGGCACAUGCUGUUUUGUGUAGACCUUUAAUAAGUACUGUAUGCAUCUUUUGGCACCAGAGUAAUCUGCAUUGAAAAUAUAGUAUGUUAGUGUGGUGCCAGGACAACAACCUCUCCCUCAAAGUCAGCAAGACAAAGGAGCUGAUCGUGGACUACAGGAAAUGGAGGGCUGAGCACGCCCCCAUUCACAUUGGCGGUGCUAUAGUAGAGUGAGUGGAGAGCUUCAAGUUCUUUGGAAUUAACAUGGUCCACACACACCCACACAGUUGUGAAGAGGGCACGACAACGUCUCUUCCCUUUCAGGAGGCUGAAAAUAUUUGCCAUGGGCCCUCAGAGCUACAGCUGCACCAUUGAGAGCAUCUUGGCUGGCUGCAUCACCGCUUGGUACGCAGUACAUCACUGGGGCCGAGCUCCCUGCCAUCCAGGACCUCUAUACCAGGCGGUGUCAGAGGAAGGCCCCAAAAAUUGUCAGACUCCAGCCACCCAAGUCAUAGACUGUUCUCUCUGCUACCGCACAACAAGCGCUACCGAUGCACCAAGUCUGGAACCAACAGGACUCUGAACAGCUUCUAUCACCAAGCCAUAAGACUGCUAAACAAGACUGCUAUAUAGCUAAUAAAAUGGCUACCCAGACUACCUGCAUUGACCAUCUCUCGCACUGACUCAAUGCACACACACUGGACUCUACACACACACACACACACACACACACACACAUACUUACACCAGUGGCGGUCGGUGGCGUUUAAGAUGAGGGAGGACGAUAAUGAUUUUAAUGAGCAUGGCCUUAUUUCUAUUACAGCAUAUUGGAUGACUGUCAUUCAUAUUCCAUUCAUCCAGCUCAUUGUAACAGCGAUAGCUUUAGGCUACUACAUGAUACUAAAAUGUUCCCUAUACCCAUCAUGAGGUUGCUACAACCUAUCCUAUGAAUCAAAAUGUACAAUGUAGGUGCACAGGUCGAGAGAAAGUUUAGUAAUCAAGUUGACAGACAGUGAGACAGUUAAUACCGCUUGCACACUCUUGCCUGCAUCUAGCUGAUCUAGGGUGUAAUCAUUAGUGCAACAGUUGCAAACAAGUUUCUAUUGGAGAAAUUCAGGUAUGUUUAUUCCCAUUUCGUUCCGUUUAAGAAACGUUUUUCAACAGAAUUGGCGGAAUGAAUACACCCCUGAUCACACGCAAACAUAGUUCACUUUCAUAGCAGCCACAUACAAACAGCAUGAUCACUUUGCUUGUUGUAAUUCCUUCUCGCAUCUACGCGCUCUCCUCCUCUCACCUUUUCCCUUCUCUUGUGGACUUCAGUGCACAACACAGUGGCGCUAAGACCGCACUCAAUGAGCUGUAUACGGCCAUAAGCAAACUGGAAAAUGCUCAUCCAGAGGCAGUGCUCCUAAUGGCCGGGGACUUUAAUGCAUUUCUACCAGCAUGUUAAAUGUGCAACCAGAUGGGAAAAAAAUCUAGACCACCUUUACUCCACACACAGAGACGCGUACAAAGCUCUCCCUCGCCCUCCAUUUGGCAAAUCUGACCAUAACUCUAUCCUCCUGAUUCCUGCUUACAAGUAAAAACUAAACCAGUGACUCGGUCAAUAAAAAAGUGGUCAGAUGAAGCAGAUGCUAAGCUACAGGACUGUUUUGCUAGCAGAGACUGAAAUAUGUUCCGGGAUUCUUCCGAUGGCAUUGAGGAGUACACCACAUCAGUCACUGGCUUCAUCAAUAAGUGCAUAGAUGAUGUUGUCCUCACAGUGACUGUACGUACAUACCCCAACCAGAAACCAUGAAUUACAGGCAACAUCCGCACUCAGCUAAAGGGUAGAGCUGCCGCUUUCAAGGAGCGGGACUCUAACCCGGAAGCUUAUAAGAAAACCCGCUAUGCCCUCCAACGAACCAUCAAACAGGCCAAGCGUCAAUAUAGGACUAAGAUCGAAUCGUACUACCCGGCUCAUCGGAUGUGGCAGGGCUUGCAAACUAUUAUAGACUACAAAGGAAAGCACAGCCACGAGCUGCCCAGUGACACGAGCCUACCAGACGAGCUAAAUUACUUCAAAGCAUGCUUUGAGGCAAGUAACACUGAAACAUAUAUGAGAGCAUCAGCUGUUCUGGACGACUGUGUGAUCACGCGCUCCUUAGCCGAUGUGAGACCUUUAAACAGGUCAACAUUCACAAGGCCACAGGACCAGACGGAUUACCAGGACGUGUACUCCGAGCAUGUGUUGACCAACUGGCAAGUGUCUUCACUGACAUUUUCAACCUCUCCCUGUCUGAGUCUGUAAUACCAACAUGUUUCAAGCAGACCACCAUAGUCCCUGUGCCCAAGAACACUAAGGUAACCUGCCUAAAUGACUACCGACCCGUAGCACUCACAUCUGUAGCCAUGAAGUGCUUUGAAAGGCUGUUCAUGGCUCACGUCAACACCAUUAUCCCAGAAACCCUAGACCCACUCCAAUUUGCAUACCGCCCCAACAGAUCCACAGAUGAUGCAAUCUCUAUUGCACUCCACAUUGCCCUUUCACACCUGGACAAAAGGAACACCUAUGUGAGAAUGCUAUUCAUUGACUACAACUCAGCGUUCAACACCAUAGUGCCCUCAAAGCUCAUCACUAAUCUAAGGACUAAACACCUCCCUCUGCAACUGGAUCCUGGACUUCCUGACGGGCUGCCCCCAGGUGGUAAGGGUAGGUAGCAACAUAUCCGCCACGCUGAUCCUCAACACGGGGGCCCCUCAGGGGUGCGUGCUCAGUCCCCUCCUGUAUUCCCUGUUCACUCAUGACUGCAUGGCCAGGCACGACUCCAACACCAUCAUUAAGUUUGCCGAUGACACAACAGUGGUAUGCCUGAUCACCGACAAUGAUGAGACAGCCUAUAGGGAGGAGGUCAGAAACCUGGCCGUGGGGUGCCAGGACAACAACCUCUCUCUCAACGUGCUCAAGACAAAGGAUAUGAUUGUGGACUACAGGAAAAAGAAGUGGACCGAGCACGCCCCCAUUCUCAUCGACGGGGCUGUAGUUGAGCAGGUUGAGAGCUUCAAGUUCCUUGGUGUCCACAUCACCAACAAACUAUCAUGGUCCAAACACACCAAGACAGUCGUGAAGAGGGCACGACAAACCUAUUCCCCCUAAGGAGACUGAAAAUAUUUGGCAUGGGUCCUCAGAUCCACAAAGGUUCUACAGCUGCACCAUCGAGAACAUCCUGACUGGUUGCAUCACUGCCUGGUAUGGCAACUGCUCGGCCUCCGACCGCAAGGCACUACAGAGGGUAGUGCGUACGGCCCAGUACUCCAUAUUAAUGCCCAUGAUUUUGGAAUGAGAUGUUCGACGAGCAGGUGUCCACAUACCUUUGGUCAUGUAGUCUAGCUGUCCUCCGGCUACACCAUGGUGCUACCCUACAGAGGCUACUGUAGACCUUCAUUGCAAAACAGUGUGUUUUUAUCAAUUAUUUGGUGACGUGAAUAUAUUUAGGAUAGUUUUAUCUAAAAAGGAUAACUUUUUUAAUGUUUCACUAUUUUAAUUUUUAUGCAAUUCACUGAGGAGGAUGGUCCUCCCCUUCCUCCUCUGAGGAGCCUCCACUGCCUUUCACUGACACCCCAACAUAUACACACAUACAUACACACACACACACACACACACACACACAAACACUACAUACACCCACCCACACAAACGCACACACACACACUACAUACACAAACACACACACACACACACACACACACACACACACACACACAUACACUACAUACACCCACACAAACACACACACACUACAUACACAAACACACACACACACACACUACAUACACCCACACAUAACAUGCACACACACACACACACACACACACACACACACACUCACCACAUACGCUGCUGCUACUGUCUAUUAUCUAUCCUGUUGCCUAGUCACUCUAUCCCUACCUAUAUGUACAUAGCUACCUCAGUUACCUCGUACCCCUGCACAUUGACUCAGUACUGGUACUCCCUGUAUAUAGUCAUGUUAUUUUGACUCAAUAUUGUUAUUCGUUAUUCACUGUGUAUGUAUACCUCUUGUCACUAUUUCUGUCGUUUAAAAUGUUUUAUGUAUCUUUAACUCUGCAUUGUUGGAAAAGGACCCGUAAGUAAGUAUUUCACUGUUAGUCUACACAUGUUGUUUUUCGAAGUGUGACAAAUAAAAUGUGAUUUGAUUUAUUACAGUAGUUUAGAUUUAGAAGCCAAUGUUACCUUAGUACAUAUCACAGUACAGUUCAUGUUAUGGCCACUGCUUCAGUUACCAUGAAUACUCUUUAACCUUGUUUUAAAGCACUGUUCUUGUUGUUAAGCUGGUCUCCCACACACACCAGCUUACUCACAGCUCAUUUACAAGACCUUGCCGUGUGUGUGUGCGUGCAUGCAUGCGUGUUAUAUGUAUUAGCCGAAGCACCCACGCACUCUUUCUAUCUACAGUAUGUAACUGACAAUCAUGUUCUAUGUUUGGCUUAAGGUUAAGGGUAGUGAUGAUGAGUGUUUUAACAGACUUGCUUCCUUUCUUUAUGGUCAGGCCAUGUAUUCAUAAAGUGUCUCAGAGUAGGAGUGCUGACCUAGGAUCUGUUUUGCCUUUUAGAUCACAAUGAAUAGAACAUGGAGGACCUGAUCCUAGAUUAGCACUCCUACUCUGACCCCAGGUCCCAUGGUCAGGAAAAACUCUAGUAUUGUCCUAUUAUUAUGGUGUGUAUUUUGACCUCUGACCUAGCUACAGGUUUUGACUGUCUCUCCAUGGCUGAUGAUUUUUUACUGGCCAGACAGACCUGCUACAAUAGGCUCAUGACCUUUGCAGAGCGUGAAAUUCUCCUAUUCACUUCAAUGAAACCUGUGCGUAAGCAGUCACGGCUCAGCAUGAUGCUCAGAUUUGGACUUUGUCUCCAUGGCCCCUCUGCAGGUGUACAGCAGCAUGGAGCACCUGUCCCAGUUGGAGCAGAAGGCCCCCUCAGUGACUCGACGGGAACACAAGGGCUCCCGGGAGGACAACAAGGGGAAGAGAGAGAGUCUGGGAACCUUCCCUAUCAGGGACAAGAGCUGGAGGACCGGAUCACCUGAGAUGUGAGUGUGGUGGAGAGAGAGAGAGUGUGGUGGGGAGAGAGAGAGAGAGAGAGAGAGAGAGAGAGAGAGAGAGAGAGAGUGGUGGGGAGAGAGAGAGAGAGAGAGAGAGUGUGGUAGAGAGAGAGAGGUAGAGAGAGAGAGAGAGAGAGAGAGAGAGAGAGAGAGAGACUGGGGGAGAGAGAGACAAAGAGAGAGAGGGGAGGUGGGAAGCGAGGGGGGAGAGAGCGGUUGUGUAGUCAUAGAGAUCCGAUAGAGAGAGAGAAGAGAGAGAGAGAGAGAGAGACUGGGGGAGAGAGAGACAACGAGAGAGAGGGGAGGUGGGAAGCGAGGGGGGAGAGAGCGAGUUGUGGUAGGCAGAGAGAUAGAGAGAGAGAGAGAGAGAGGGAGGAGGCGAGAGAGAGCGGAGUUGUGGUAGGCAGAGAGAGAGAUGGAGGGAGAGAGAGAGAGAGAGAGAGAGCAUGUAAAGCUUCCCUAUUAGGGACAAGAGCUAGAGGAGUCUGUGGGGUAUGGUGUUAUUGUGGGGGGAGGGGGGUAUUUGUGUGUGUGUGUGUGUGUGUGUGGUGUCUCAAAAGUAUCAUUAGCUCUCCCACUGAGCUCCUGCAUUGCCUAUGUCUGAGUUUCAUACACAAGUUGGUUUAUAGAAGUGAGAGCCACUGUCUAUUAUUGACUCUAGGGAGUGUGAUUGUGUGAACUCUCACGCUAAGCUCCGGUAUUGGAGAAGUGUCAGAACCUAAGACGGUGGUAGAAGCAGCCAUUAAAUCAUCCAAAUAGAGAGAUGUUAACACUAACUUUAAGGGGGUAUACAUAGCCAUUUAUGAAAUGUACACCAGUCAUGACACCUUUAUACCAACAUUCAUAACACAAUGAUUCAACAUCAGUUUAAAUACGUUUUCAAAAUAAAAGUCCCUUAGCAUUGGGAAUAACAGCCUCUCCUCUUCUCCUGCCCCCUCAAAGGAAGCGUCUGUCCGGUUCUGAGUCCCUCUACAUGGAUGGUGACUCCAGCCCUCCCCUCGGGGCCCGGCGCCGUUUCUCCGCCCUCAUGGACACGCAUCGCUUCGCCUCACAGCAGGAGGACAACCCAGACCCCCUGACACGCCAGCCCCCUGUCAAGGCUAGGGGGACUUCGCAGGAGGUGGCCUCCGUCCCCUCCACACCCCCCUCCACCCCCAGCACCACCCCUGACCCAAAGGAGGGACAUGUAGGAGGUGAGGAGAGAGAGUGAGAGUGAGAGUGAGAGAGAGAGAGAGAGAGAGAGAAAUUAUGCUGUGGUGGAUGGAGGUUGUUUCACUUGUAUUGUCACCUGACAAACUGGUGAUUUUAUCAGGUGAGGUGACAAUUGAAAAGAUUGUAAGAAAGCCAAGAGAGGACGUCAGCUAAGCUCCAACAAUAUACUUGAGACCGGAGAGUAAUCCUUUUUUCCGUCAACAGAGAAACCACCAAGCCCAGGCGAGACUCUGGGAGCCACACCCACCCCCUCCACUACCCCUGGACCUACAUCAACCAAUAGGGAGCUGGGGGCGGGGCCUGUGUAUGACCCCCUUGGCCCCCGGGCAACCAAUGACCUGGUCCUCCGCAGGGCGAGACACCAGCAGAUGUCAGGAGACACAGGGGAGAAGAGGAACUCACGGCCUGGCAACAAGGUUAUCAAGUCAGCCUCAGCCACAGCCCUGUCUGUCAUCAUACCUGCAGGUAACUAUGCUAAAUGUACAUCUGUUGUCUCUGGCUUGAGUGGCUUUAUAUGUAUUUUAAUGAUCAAAUACAUUUAAUCAGGCAGUCAAUGAAUCACAAUGGCCUCCUGCCACUAGAGGGUACUGUGAGCUGGGAUGUUACUCUAAUGCUGAGUUUACACAGCAUGCUUAAAACCACAUCAUGAAAUAGAGCACAGUAGUAUAUGUAUCUCUAUGCCUAAAACCUUCCUUACUCUUUUUCUUACCCGCAAUCACUAUACCAUUCUCUCCCCUCUCCCAAUUUGUCAUCCCUUCCCAUUUCCCCACCACAGUAGACCAGUACGGCCACAGUCACAGCUCCCCCUUGGCCAGCCCCAUGUCCCCCCGCUCCCUGUCCUCCAACCCCUCCUCCCGGGACUCGUCACCCAGCCGUGACUACUGUCCGGCCCCCGCCGUCAGCGUGCUGCGCUCACCCAUCACCAUCCACCGCUCAGGGAAGAAGUACGGAUUUACCCUAAGGGCGAUACGGGUCUACAUGGGAGAUACGGAUGUGUACAGUGUCCAUCACAUCAUCUGGGUGAGGAGAGGGGGAGGAGAGGGGGGGGGGGGGAUUCAUUUAUUAAUUAACUUGAAAGGUGUACACUAUCCUGUUUAUUGAUUGACAAUGUGUCCUCGUCCAAUGGCAGCACGUGGAGGAUGGAGGCCCCGCCCAGGAAGCAGGACUGUGUGCUGGUGACCUCAUCACUCAUGUGAAUGGGGAGUCUGUCCACGGAUUGGUCCACACGGAAGUGGUGGAACUCAUUCUAAAGGUAUGAUGGAAGAAGAGACUGGGUUCUACAAUAGACUUUGUUGAUAUUUGAAUGAUUGCGUAAUAUCCAUGCACUGUAUUGGUCUCUUAAGCUAUGAGUAAGGGUGUUAUUCGUCAAUGUAGAUGUGAAGGAGGUUGUUCUGUGACCACGCUCAUGUGAUGAGUAACUUGCCUGCAUACUAGCGUUGGCUCCCUGAGCUAGUGCCCAGGCUUCAGCUCAGCAGGCUAACCUAGACUUGUGGCGUGCAGGAAACCUGUGAUCGAACUCCGGUCGGUCACAUUGACAUGACUCAUCAUCAUUCUGUGUGCCCUGCAGAGUGGCAACAAGGUGACAGUGACCACCACACCAUUUGAGAACACCUCCAUCAAGGUGGGUCCGGCACGCAAGUCCAACUAUAAGUGCAAGAUGGCCCGACGCAAUAAGAGGACCAUCGGCAAAGAGGGACAGGAGAGGUACUGUAGUAUGGCACUCUCAUUUACAGUAGCUGUGUUAUCAUGUCUGCUGUACAAUGGAGAAGAACAGUGACAUGUUGUGUUUCUUUUACAGUUUGUUAAUACCUUUCAGUAUCUCUCCAUAUUAUGUAUUGCAGUAUUCUCUACUACCCUCUCCUACUCAAUCCCAUAUCCCUCUCUCUCUCUCCUCCCUACAGUAGGAAGCGUAGCUCCCUGUUCAGGAAGAUCACUAAACAGUCUAACCUGCUCCACACCAGCCGCAGCCUGUCCUCUCUGAACCGCUCUCUGUCGUCCAGUGACAGUCUACCAGGCUCUCCUUCCCACAACCUGUCAGCCCGCUCCCCUACACAGGGAUACAGGUCCACACCUGAGUCCUCCUACCUGGGUGAGUAACAGACCUGAGGGGUAUACUGCAAAGCAGGAUCAAUGAGUUAGCCAGCUAACUUGCCUAACUAUUCUGAAAUAACUUUAUAUUUUUUUUAGAAAGAUAAGCUUGAAAUGUGUGUGGUCUAAUUGACUCAACAACCAAAGACACAUAUCUAAGUUUUGCUUUCUUAAUUAACUAGAAAACCAAUAGUUGUUUCUGGUUGUUUAUGGAUUUUAGCUGACUAAGUCAUUGAUUCCGCUUUGUAGUAUACCCCUCAGGGUUCAAAAUAGUAUUUGUUUUAUUUCAAGUAAAUAGAGUGUUUGAGAUUGUCAGAUGGGCAGGGUUUGGGACCCAGUUUUGGUUCCAUUGCACCAGGCAAGCUGAAUCAAACAUUGUAAUUGCAGUUGUGUCUGAACUGAUUAUUACUGUGUAACUGAAGAAUCUGGUUUUCCCUCUCCUCUCUCUAGUCUCUCUUUCUCUAACCCUCUCUCUUUUCUCUUCCCUCUCCCCAGGUGUGUCCUCUCAGAGCAGCUCUCCUGCCUCCAGCACCCCAAACUCCCCUGCCGCCUCCCAGCACAUGCGCCCCAGCUCCCUGCACGGCCUCUCCCCCAAGCUCCACCGCCAGUACCGCUCGGCCCGCUGCAAGUCCGCCGGUAACAUCCCCCUCUCCCCCUUAGCCCACACCCCCUCGCCCACCCAGUCCUCCCCUCCCCCACUCCCGGGCCACACCAUCGGUAGCUCCAACACCACCCAGACCUUCCCUGCCGGGGCAAAGCUCCACUCAUCACCACCCGUGGUGCGCCCCAGGCCCAAGUCCGCCGAGCCACCCCGUUCCCCGCUCCUCAAGAGGGUCCAGUCGGCAGAGAAGCUCACCUCGCCUCUGUCUCAUUCCCAGUCGUCGAGUGGUGGGGUGGGAGGGCCCCUGAGGAAACACAGCCUGGAGGUAUUGUGAAUGUGGCAAUCUGAGAUGUGUAUUAGAGGUGUGACACAUGGGUAACGUGUGCUAUGUGUGUAUUGUGUAUGUGUCCAGUUUGUAAUGUACAGUAUGGUGUUGAUUUAGUAAUUUCAUCUCAUUUAUUAGUUUAGGUAUACAGGGGGAAAACAUUUAAAUACUGUUAAAAACAACACAUUGGGAAUUAAUAGAACUUGAGCCCUUUUCAGUAGACCUAAUGUAUACAACAUCACUAUGUGUAAGACAAUUUCCCCCUAAAUAGAAGUUUAUCCUAUCCUAUCCUAGGUCCAGCACUCAGACUUGUACCGCAAGGACCAGUUCCACUGUUGCGAGCUGGGGCUCCAGAGUUUGUUGGAGACGGAGGGGGAGAAUCUACCACCUCCGAACCCCCCGCCUCUGCCCUCCACCCUGGGCUCCCUGGGUUCAUCUACAGGGGCAACUACCACGACACCCGAAACGGGGGUGCUCAAGCCGAUGAGGAAGUUAGGGAGGCAGGAGUCGCCGCUCAGUAGGGAUACACUGUUGGCUGGUAGGGAGAGGGAAAGGGAGAGAGAGAGGAAGAGAGAGAGGGAAAGAGAAAGAUCGAGGGAGAGGGUGGGAGAGAUCAUUAUGGCUUAUAGCAACAGGACAACAACCGUCCCAGAGAGGUCACCUAACCGAGGAGGAGCCACAACAGAUAAUCACCAAUCAAUAGCUAGAAAACCCUCAACCAGUGAGCAUACCUUUAGCCCUCAGAGUAGCCCCACCUACAGAGCCCAAUCCAGCCAAUCGCCAAAUCUGGAGUCCAUCAAAACUACAAGUCCCAUUACUCCCACUGGGUCACCAGGUGUCUUUAGGGGCCAUCCAGAAGGAGCAGAGAAGAACCAGCGUCAGACAAACAUGUCUACCAAGCAACAGAGCCUCCGAACGACCGUGAGUACAAGCCCUCUCAGCCAAGACCCCCAGGAGAAGCAUGGAGGGGACAGAACGGAACCAAAGCUAAAUGGAGAAAACAAGGUGUGUCCUCCUCCUCCUCCCAGGCCCAGCAUGCCCUGUGGGGGCCCUCUAGGGAGAGGCACUAGUCCAGACAGAGGCAUGGGUAUGGGUGGAUCAUCAUCAAUAACGUCAGGGUCUACAGGUAUGUUCAAGGCUAGUAGUAAACCAUCAGGAAUAGUAGGAGAGAGCCUGAGAAAGAAUGGAGCCGAGAACAACGGCUCUCCAAGAACUUCAGAACUGGGGUUGAGAAGCCCCAAAAGCCCCAAACCUCCAGUCAGGGCCCUGGCUCCGGCUGUCCCACCCCACGGCCAACCCCUCUCCCUGAGCAAGGUGAGGCAGGGCCUGGGGCCCGUCAACUGCUACCGAGGGACCCUGGACUGGGAGGAUAAAUGUCGGCUGGAGGUAGUGGAAGAACACUCUCCAUCCCCCUCCCCCUCCCCCACAGGCGUCACCCCCUCGCUCUGCGCACCCUCCUUCUGUCCAGGCAGGUCCAGGCCUGUUUCCCCCGGCGACAAGACCAGCUUCGUCACCCAGCUGACCAGUGCCGCUAAAUUGGUCCUGGGGCCUAUAAAGGGGUCAAUGGCGUCCCAGUCCCAGGAGGGGCCCAAGGGGAAGGAGCUGAAAGACAUGCCCAAGCCGGGUGAGGAGAAGCAAGGUGCCUCGGCAGGAAAGUCUGAGGAGUCCGGAUGA